GCCACGGGCCGUUUCUUUGCGUCCCGGCGAAAGAGUCACCUGACUAUGCGAUCAUUAUUCCCUUUUCUGCUUUGACCCACUUCCCGCACCGUUUACAUCCCUCUCACACGCACACACGCACACACAGAGUCUCCACUUUACAUUCAACAAUAGCAUCGCUAUGGGCAACUAUCCGAAAGCAUUCGCCGUUGGGUUCGGAAUCGUCGGUUUGGGAUACGCACUCAUGCUCACCACGGUUCCUACAGAGGAGCAGCUCUACGAGAAAUUGUCGCCGGAGCUGAAGAAGCAAUACGAACUGGUGAAGUCGGAUCAGGCGCGUCGACAGGCUAUAUCGGACGUGUUGAGGCAGGCCGCCGCAGAUCCAGAGCCCAUGUGGAUCAAGAAGAAGGACGACGGCACAAAGAAGCAAUAAAAUGGGGGAGGAGGGGACGGUAGCGAUUGCGAUCGCGACGACGCCCGACAGUGACAAAUAGGAUCGUUCAGCGCGACCUUCUGGGCCAUUUGGGAUGGACUGCAGCCGAUUUCUGUUCCAUCGACACGCAUAAAACACACGUACGUAUGGACAGAGACACAGCCGGAUGUGUGUAUACUCCUGAUCGUUUCCCACUUCAAUUGGGCUUUCUGACCAUGAUUUAUCCUUGCCCCCCAACUACCUCCACCGCCCUUUCGAUUCCUGUAUUUUAGUCCUUUUUUUUUGUUUAUUUCUGCAUGAUUCAUUCAUCCUGCUAAUAGACGUUUUUUUUUUUUUUUU